AUGCGCGUCUCGGUGGUGACGUGUGGCGGGCGCGAGCUCGCGGCCGUGGAGGCUGAGCUGUCGUGGUUGUUGGGCGACCUCCUAGCAGCGUUCCCCAAGCCGGAGGUGCCGGCGGGCCACGAGCUGCGCAUCUUCUUCGGGGAGGCGGAGUUGUGCGGCGCCGCGACUUUGGGCGAGAUCGAAGUACGAAGCGGCAGCGAGCUGACCCUCGUGGUGAACAAGAGGCGCCGCAUGGUGACGUGCUACAAGUCCGUGGCGAGGAUCUGGGACGCAGACUUGGGGGAGUGCCUGCGCACGCUGGAAGGCCACCAGGGCUACGUGACGUCCGCCGUGUUCUCGGUGGACGGGCAGCAGGUGCUCACGGCCUCGGACGAUUCGACGGCGAAGAUCUGGGCCGCCGACUCUGGGGAGUGCCUGCGCACGCUGGUCGGCCACCAGGGCCGCGUGACUUCAGCCGUGUUCUCGGGGGACGGGCAGCAGGUGCUCACGGUCUCGGGGGACCAGACAGCGAAGUUCUGGGCCGCCGAUUCUGGGGAGUGCCUGGGCACGCUGAGGCGCGCCGGGAACAAGGCCUCCUUCGCGCCGUAA